CGGCGCGCUCGCCGCCGCUAGCCCGCCUCCUCCUCGCCGCCGGCCGGCACCCCCGCGGACACGGAGGCGCGGCGCUUAUCCAUUCGCGGUACAAGGCGUACAGCCUCUCUCUCCCCCUGCGCUCGCUAGUGGCUAGCUUUCCGUCCUUCUGAUGCUGCUGCUUACUCCCCCUGAUGUGCGCAGGAGCGGCGGGGAUGCUGGAAAAUCGGUCGGGCGUUUAGGAAUUCCGCACUCGGAGGACGGGAGCCGAUUUUUUUUGUUCCUUUUCCUGGGGGAUUUCUGCGUGGGGGGAGCUGGAUCGGGUUUUGCCCAAAUGGUGGUGCCAUGAAAAUGGCGGCGAAUUCAGGGGCCGUGAGCUGCCAUCGGUGUGGCCUGUGGUCGAAUUCGUCGGCCCCGGUUACCGUGAACGCCCCGAUGAGGUCUCUGCGGGUUAGAGCGCAAUCCGUGUAUUUGGAUUACCCUGCCAGGACGACCGAGCAGCAGAAGAGUGGGGGCAAUUUGGUGGUGAUGCGGCCUAGGGAUGGUGAUUUCUUCAGGGGGAAGAACGAGGGUGGUCUCGCGGUUGCGCAGCCAGACCGGCUGCCGCAGGAUGGUUUCCGGAAGGUGGCAGCUGAUCCUGAGAAGAAGGAUGUGUUACCACUCCAUGCUAAGAUGGGGAAGGCGAUGGUUGAGAGCAGUGAGGGAAUGGAUCUGGAGAGCCUCUCAGAACAUGGAGGGAUGCGCUACGGAGACAGCCUUCGCAGGUACUGCAACAGCGGGAAGCUCAUUCAGGCCUGCUGUGUGAUGGAUGAGAUGGUGCUCCAUGGUGAGAUUCCGGAGUCGAAGUGCUGCGUUAGGAUAAUCCGCGGCCUUGUCAAGACCGGCAAGGCGAACAAGGCUAGGCAUGUUCUUGAAGUUAUGGUGCUUUCGGGCGGGGUUCCAGACACCAUCAGCUGCAACAUGUUGAUCGCGCAGCUUUGCCGUGGUGGGCAGCUGAGCUCGGCGCUGCAGGUGCUGGAAGACAUGAGAUUUAGUGGCUGCUCUCCUAGUGGCAUCACUUUUAAUACUUUGAUUAGGUGCAUGUUCAACCAGCGUCUGUAUGAUAGGGCGAUCUCCUUCUGGAAAGAGCAGUUGAGGUUAGGUUGGCCACCGUAUGUAAUGACAAGCACCUUGCUUGUUGAUCUUGUUUGCAAGAAGUGUGGUCCUCAGAAGGCCAUGGAAGUCUUAGAUGAGCUUUCUUUGGAAGGAUGUCAACCAGACAUCGUCACCUACAAUGCUCUCAUCAGUGCAACAUGCAAGGCAGGCAGGCUGAAUGAUGCAAAGAUCAUCAUAACUCGUCUUAUUGCUGAAGGGCUCAAACCAAAUGGUACUACCUACUGCAUCUUACUCCAUGCCCUCUGCAACAAGAGAAGGUGGGAUGAAGUAUGCGACUUGCUUUCUGACAUGAAACAAGCAAAUUGUGAUCCUGAUGUUACAACCUACAAUAUCUUUAUCAACUACUUCUGUAAGCAUGGGCAUCUGGAUGAGGCAAUUGAUGUGUUGGAGAAGAUGGUUGCCAACAAUUGUUCUCCUGAUAUAGUGACCUGCAACACACUCCUGAAUGCCAUCUCCAAAAAGGGUAUGGUUGACGAAGCUCUUGGGAUUGCUCGCUACAUCAGAGAAAACGGAUACAAGUCGGUUCUCAUCACGUACAAUACUCUCAUAGAUGCUUUAGCAAAGAAGGCUGAAGUUAAGAAAGCUAUGGUUCUGUUUGAUGAGAUGGUUAUUGAUGGGAUCAGUCCUGAUGACAUCACAUACGGUUCACUUGUCAUGGGCUUUUGCAAGAAAAACAUGGCUGACGAGGCCCUGGACCUUUUGAAUCAGAUGCUCACUCUAGGCUUUGAAGUUAAAACAACUACCUUUGUCAUGGUGAUCAAUGCAUUAUGUAGAGAUGGUAAAGUGGAAGCUGCUGCUGAAAUAAUUAAAGUAAUGUUAUCAAAAGAUACUAUCCCCAGGAAUUCAUUUUGUUCAUCCGUAAUCACAAAAAUUGCCAAAUCAGGCUGGACUAAAGAGGCAGAGAUGCUCCACCAGAAGCUAACUGAGUGUAAGAUCCUUAAAGAAGAUGCUCAGGUUAUUUUGAGCAGCUAGUAGCUGGAGUGUAAGAUUAUACAAUUAUUUAUUAGCAUGAAACAUGCAGCUCAGCUAAUUCAGCAGAUAAAUCCUGGAAGUUGUGCAUAAUGUCCUGGAAGAGGCAUCCUGACGAUAGUGAGUGAGCCCGCUGACCCAAAACUGUACCUUGAUGCUCUCACACCAUAAUAGUUGUUGAUGAAAUGGUGGCCCUUCUUUCCUUAUGCUACUGCGACAAACAAAUUUCAGUGGAAGAAAGGAGGGCAUUGUGGAUGUUGUCAGUUGUCACUACGCAUGAUGGGAUGAUGUGCCCUUGUUGUACCCACGGUUACUAGUACUCCAAGCAACAUCUUUUGGAUUUUUGCAUAUAUAUAGCUGUUGGAGUUGGACUGACUGAUGCCUGUAGCGUUAGAGUUCCCUGAUGUUUUAGGUGCAGUUUGAAUUCGCCAUCUCUCUAUUUAUAUAAGUGAGGCUGUUGGUUGCAUCUGUAUUUGAAUUGAAUGAUCAAUGUUUAAAUAAUACCAAAGAAAGGGAAAAACA